AUGAAGCUCGUCGAUCACGUGGUGAGGAGCUUCAAGGUGGCCAAGGUAUUCCGCGAGAACACAGAUCGGAUAAACAGUAUCGAUUUCUCGCCUAACGGCGACACCCUGAUCUCCUGCUCCGAGGACGACCAGAUUGUCAUAUAUGACUGUGAAAAGGGUACCCAGGUACGGACAGUCAAUUCGAAGAAGUACGGCGUUGACCUGAUACACUUCACUCACGCGAAGAACACCGCGAUACACAGCAGUACCAAGGUCGACGACACGAUCCGCUAUCUCAGCCUACAUGACAACAAGUAUAUACGUUACUUUCCUGGUCACUCGAAAAAAGUAGUGUCGCUCUGUAUCAGUCCUAUCGAGGAUACUUUUCUCUCUGGUUCUUUAGACAAAUCAUUGAGACUGUGGGAUCUACGCUCGCCAAAUUGUCACGGGGUGAUGAAUGUCUCAGGACGGCCGGUAGCAGCAUAUGAUCCUGAAGGUCUUAUCUUUGCAGCUGGAGUCAACUCGGAAAGUAUCAAGCUGUACGACCUACGUAGCUUCGAUAAGGGCCCGUUUGUCACUUUCAAACUGUCGCAGGAGAAAGAAUGUGAUUGGACUGGAUUAAAGUUCAGCAGAGACGGCAAGACCAUCUUGAUCUCUACUAACGGUAGUACGAUUCGUUUAAUUGACGCUUUUCAUGGUACACCCUUACAGACUUUCGCUGGACAUCUCAACAACAAGGGGAUUGCCAUAGAGGCCAGUUUUAGUCCGGAUUCCCAAUUUGUGUUCAGUGGCUCCACAGAUGGUAGGGUACACGUGUGGAACGCGGAGACCGGUUACAAAGUUUGCGUAUUGAAUGGUGACCAUCCAGCACCGGUACAGUGUAUCCAAUUUAAUCCCAAGUACAUGAUGCUAGCGUCUGCGUGCACCAACAUGGCUUUCUGGCUACCCACCAUCGAUGAAAACGCAUAAGAUUAAUUUACAAGAAAUGGCAGAGCCAGAAUCUACACUUCGCGAGGAGAGGAAAGGAGACAAACAGAAGAGUUGCAGGAAGCGAGGCAGUCAGUUGAGAAAUAACAACCUGAGGAUGUUUACAAUUUGUUUCAGUAAAUUCAUUUACACACAUUGCAUUUACAUUAUGCGUGCAAAACUGGAAUAGCUGUGGUAUGGCAUACCAGUUCUGAAACGUAUUUGAGGGAGCAAACAAGACGUCACGAGGAAACAGCUGGACCAUCGCUUGCACGAUUGUGUUUCGAGAAGGUCCGCGUGGCAUACAACUUUCCAUCAUCAUCGUCAUUGUCUUCAUUAUACCAAUAUACGAAGAUCCCAUGUCUUGUAAACGUUUCGAAUGUGUUUCA